CUUCUUCAUCUCUAAUCAUCUGCAGUAAUGGCUCGCAGGUGGGGCUCCAGAGCGUGAGGGAACGUCUGAGGGCUUUACCAGCACUGCUAAUACUUAUCUACCGAAAAAAGUGUAGGUGGCUAGUGACGAGACCAUGCUGUCGCCACAUCUCAGGCCCCUUGUGCCUCUGUCGGCGCUGGCUCUGCUCGGCUGUUGCUGGUACGCCUUUAGAAAGAGGAGGAGGAGGAACCUUGGAGAGCAGAUUAAAGAAGAGGAAGCUUCCACGAGUGCCAGUUUACAGAGCCUGAAGGACAGCCCGGGGGAGCAGGAGGGUAGAACACCUCAGGAUUCUCACAGUGACCACAAUUUGAACCUGAAAGAUAGCUCUCCAGAUAGCUCUCAGGCUAACAGCAGUAUCAUGGAUGAGUUGCCUAUUCUUCAUGAAACCUUACUAACCAACACCACCACGUCUACAUCAACUCCACGGCUUUUGAAAGGAGAUCGCCCAGAGCCAGAAGGGGAGAUUUCAGAGGCUCAAGCAUCUGCACUUCUUUCCAUGAAGCUGGAAAUGGAGAAUGAGAAAGACAGCAACACUUCUAAAGGCCAUCAGGACUUCAAGGCUGGUGAGACAAACACCUCCUGGCCUGAAUCUGAUGCUAACUCCUCUGUACAACAGCCUCCAAGCAUCGUCUCCUCCAAAGGUCAUUUAGUCACUAUGCUGUCUGAGACCAAGAGUAAUAAGAAAGUUGAGCAGGUCAGUGCUAGCUUGGUCAAUGAGGCCAUCCAUGCUGCCACCGAAGAGAUCCUGACAACUUCUGAUGUCAUUUUACAAAAGAAAGACCAACUUCAGACUGAAGACCAAGACAAGAAAGACAUCAGUAAAAACAAAGCUUUAUUGAUGCAGGAGUGCAAGACUGGAUCUAGUCCUGUACCCAAUAUAGUGCAGAAAGAUUGUGCCACUCACACUAAGACAGUAGAGGAACGUAUCUAUUCAGUGGGUGAUCUGAAUGACCAAUCCCAAGUAGGAGAGGAUUCUGGAUGCAGCACAUGCCAUUCAGAAGAUUGGAUAAGUGCAGAGGAAGCAAGUUGCAGAGGAGAGCUUUGGUCAAGCCCUUCCGAACAGGGCUUUGGCCCUCCUGUUUCAGUAGGUUCUGAAAGUAAAACUCCAGAAAUGUUGCUCAACUUGGGCAGAAGAAAUGGAAACUGCCAAGAAGACAAGGCAGAUGUCUCCAAAGGUACUAAUGAGGUAACAUGCAUGAAGAGCGAGAGCAGCAGCCUAACCACUACACCUCCAAGCUCAGCCCUCACUCUCUGGGAUAUAGAAGUGCCAGCGCAUCUUGUUGGGCGAUUAAUUGGAAAACAAGGGAGGCAUGUUGGCUUCUUGAAGCAAAACUCUGGCGCCAAGAUCUAUGUGUCUGCUCUGCCUUACACUCAUGAGUUUCAGAUCUGUCAUAUUGAGGGAUCAAAGGUGCAGGUGGAGAACGCACUGACACUAAUCAGGAAGAAGUUUAAAGAUUUGGAUUUGAGUAACCGGCGUGGUCACGUGACUGCUUCCCUCCCUUCUCUUCCAGUGACUUCCUGGCUGCUGCUCCCUCAGGACAGUCCAGUGGAGGUCAUCGUGCCGAGGGUGGAGUCAGCCAACUACCUCUUUGUACAGCAGCACACACACCCUACCUACUAUGCCCUGCACAGCCUCAAUGAACAGAUGCUCUUCUGCUACUCUCGCCCGGGAUGCCCCAGCCUGCCCACUCCAGUCGAAGCGGGGGUGGUGUGUGCAGCCCCCUCUGCAGAUGGCGGCUGGUGGAGGGCUCAGGUUAUCCAGCACUUCAAAGACUCUGAUAACGUCCAGAUCAGAUAUGUGGACUACGGUGGCUAUGUCAUGUUUAACCUCAGUGCCCUCAGACAGAUACGGUCAGAUUUUGUGGCGCUGCCUUUCCAAGGUUCUGAAGUUAUGUUGGAAAAUCUUGCACCGUUACCAGGCAAAAAGGAGUUUUCACUCGAGGCCAAAGAAGCUCUUGAAGAAUUAACACAGGGGCUUCCUUUGAUCAUAAAGGUCACAGGCACUCAGAGCGGACUGCCCUUGGUGCAUAUGUGGCGGCAGGCAGGAGAACAGAUGGUUUCGGUGAAUGGACUGCUGGUUGAGCGUGGACUUUGCUCGUGGUUAGACAGCCACUAAUGGGCAAUGAAGCUCUCGCCUCAUCUACCCUUCACCUGUUCGUUACUGGUGACUGGGGUUCACCCUGAUCUCCUCACACAUUAUGCACGUAUGCACACAGAGGUGCUCUUUGUAAUCUGUAAAAAUGCAUGCCGUUCACAAGUUGCCAUGGACAUGUCCUUACACAGACUGCAGAUGUUGCGUUUAACAUGUUUAAAUGUUCAGAGUUUGUAUAAAAAUUUCCCUUUUUGCUGAAAUAAGAGGAAACUCAAAUGAUCAAAUGGCAUUCACUCAUUGUGAAGAAUCUAGAAUGUGAUUGUGUUAAACUUGAGGGAAAAAAUAUAUAUAUUUGUAAUUGAACACACUUGAAUGACUGCACGAUUAUGUUUUCUUUUUCUGAGAUUAGAACUGGAAUUAUGUAUUUUGUCCUAUUCCAUUUUAUUUAUGUAUUUUGUCAUUUUUUUCUUGCUUUCUUUUGCUGCACAAUUUUUCCCAUUUAAGAAUUAGACUGGGAAACUUAAACCAGGCUUGAACAAGCCUGUUGGCUUCAUGCUUUAUAAGCUACUCACUUAGCUUACUUAAUCUACAACUAUGUUUUACAGCACAGCUUUCGGUGUCGGGAAUCACUGAUUUUGCACUGUUAAAUUAAAGAUGCAUAAAUGUAAAAGAUCCUCAGUGUGCUGUUGGUUUGAAUUAGUGUUCGUGCAGUCGGGUACACUAGUCUGUGGUACUGCAGUCUGUGUAGUUUUGUAUGGAAAGGCUAUGUUCAUUUUUGUUAAUGUUUUUUUUUAUUAUUCUGUGUUAGGAAUAUAAUUUUUUUUCUUUUGUUCUGUCAUGUUGUAUUAAUAAUGUAAUGUUCUGGACCUAAAUUUAUUCACAUGCCAAAUUACUUCUCUAAUUCUUACUUGCACAUCAAAUUGACCUGAUGAUUGCUUCAGUCUCUGUACAGUCCUCUGUAGCCCACACCGGAAAUACUGGUCCAGGGUCUGAACCAAGGGCUGUA